UCUCUCUCUCGAGUCUCGACCUUUAACACAAACAUAUACACUCGAACUCGAUCUUCCUCUAUUUCUGCAACCGCAAGCAAAAAUGAAGCAAAAGAUGUUGAUUAAGGUGAACAUGAACACUGACAAGUCCCGAUCCAAAGCGUUGAAAACCGUGGUUGGGCUUUAUGGGGUUGAAUCAGCAGCUCUUCAGGGGAAUGACAAGGAUCAGUUAGAGGUUGUCGGAGAAGGUGUAGAUUGUGUUGUUCUUACAAGGCUUCUUCGGAAAUAUGUGGGUUAUGCCGACUUGAUUUCCGUCGGUCCGGUGCCGGAGAAGAAGCCUGAACCGCCUGCAGCAGUAGUAGCAGCUAUGCAGGCCACUCCCGAGAUGCCGGUCUGGGUAUAUCAAUAUCCACCCAUUAAUCAGCCCUAUGUUUACGAUGUCAGAGACAGUACAUACUCCACCUGUUCCAUCAUGUAAAUAUAUUGAAGAAGAAAUUCAAGAACGGGGAAAUUGAAGAUGAUGACUCUCUCUACCUAGAGCAAAUGAUCAAUAAUGAUCAUUUUUAUCCUCUGAUUUCUAUUUUGCUUUCUUAGCUAAUUAGAUUGGUUUAUUUAGAAAAAGAAAAUCAGAGUGGUUUUUUAUAGUCUAUAACAGUUUUGUAUAAUUAUAAAUAUUAUUAAUAAAUAAUUAAAUUU